CGGCUGAACACGAUGGGUGCGGAGAUGGACGAGAUCUCCACCACAUGAGAAACCUCGGCGACCUCCCCGACGACAUGCUCCUUAAGAUAAUUUCGCUCCUCCCCAUCAAGCAAGGCUGCCGCACGCAGAUCCUCGCGAGACGCCGGCGUCCCCUUUGGCGCUCUCUUCCUCUCAACAUCGACUGCGCUGAUAUCGUCCAUUCUAAUGAUGGUAAACUCGGUGAUGUCUUACAACGCAUAAUUUCCUCCCACCAAGGCGUCUGCCACCGCUUCUCCAUUCGCCCAGAAUUGUCCACCGACAUGGACAACGAUGCUGCCGUCGACGCCUGUCUCCUGUCCUCCACUCUGGAUAAACUCAAGGAGCUUGAGUUCUACCGUCGGCGCUGGCACAACUGGCAGCCGAUGCCGGUGCCGGCAUUAAUCUUCCGCUUCUCGCCCACCCUCUGUGUUGCCAAAUUCGGACAUUUCACACUCACGGACGACGCACUUCAGGGGAUUCACUUCCCCCAGCUUAAGAAGCUCGUUCUUCAUUAUGUCUACCUCUCGGACUUCUCACUCAACAGCAUGAUUGCCCGCAGCCCUUCUCUCGAGUUCUUGCUAAUUAUUCGGUGCACUGGAGCUUAAUCCAUCUUGAUC